UGAUUUUAAUUUAUUAUUACUAUUUUACAUUUAGUUUUAUUGUGUUUUAACUGCAUUUAUAUAUUGUGUAUUGGUUGCAGCGUUUUAGCACCCUCGGAUUUUAUUCUAUUCACUUGGUAAUUACUUUUAGUGUUUAUGUGGUUUUUUCCAUAAAUCUCUUAUUUGACUGUCAGUACUGAGUGGCCCGAGGAGAUGUCUACGACAUCUUCGGAGGCAAGGGAGGUUAUAGACAUUGGUGAUAAUGGAGGUCCAGACAUUGGUGAUGAUGAUUGGGCAGGUCCAAACACAUUUUAUGACGGACGGCACGGCAUUGCAGACCAAAAUAAGAAACGUUUUAUACAAAUCUACCUGCAAAAUAGCUAACGGCGAUAGAGCCGAAAUUCUUACGGCAGUGACGGAAUUAUUGAUAAUUAUUGGUAAGAAAGAUGCUAAUUUGGCUGUAAUGAAAUAUCGACUCGACAGUGCAGCUCGAUACCACGGAACACGCUAUCAACGACACCGCCGAAAAUAAUGAUCGAUCAUACGCCGACGCUCUCAAGGGAUACAAAGAACGGGAAACCCCGAUGCCUCAAAAGACAAGGCCCAAAGAUUACAUUGCUCUAAUAAGACCAACCAACAGUGAUACAACUAGCGAGCAAACAAAAUCAGACAUUUUGAGUAGCCUUGAUCCAAACAAACUCAAGAUCGGAGUGAAGCGACUGGCUAAGAUCAGAGACGGGGGAAGUUUGAUACGGACAAAUACCGAGCGUGAAUUGAAGAUCCUUGAGCAGGAAUUCAGAGGAAAUAAUUUGAUGGAGAAGUAUGGGAUUGCCAGACCGAAAUUGAUUAAUCCAUCCAUUAUUGUCUUUGGUGUUGAUGGGGACAUUGGUAAGGAAGAACUCACAGAAGCGCUCAUAAAUCAGAAUAUCAUCGAACAGGAAGAUAUAGAUGUUAAAUUUCCCCUGCGCGCCGGUAAGGAUAAGAAUAAUUGGGUUGUGGAAAUCCAACUACUAGCUUUUAAUAAAAUUAUGAACAUCGGAAAGUUGAACAUCAGAUGGAGCAGGUAUUUCUACAGGGAACAUCUCCGUGUCAGACAGUGUUUCAAGUGUUCUCAGCUGGGCCACUUAGCUAGGGAUUGUGCUAACGAGCAAAUCUGCAGGAAGUGUUCUCAGACUAGUCACCAAGACAAGGAAUGCCAAAAUCUUAAGCUAUGCACUAAUUGCGAUAUAGCCAAUAGAAAAUUUAAGGCCAUCCACGACAUCAAUCACAGCCCAUUUGACAUAGACUGCCCCCAACUCAAACGUGCCAGAGAUCAGCAAAUUAAAAGGAUAAACUAUGGACAUUAAUACCCACGUUGAUCUUACUUUCGGCCAUCUCAACCUCCAUCGAUCCAGGGCUGUCAACAUUCAAUUAAAUCACGAUAUCUUAGACUUAAAACUUGAUAUCGUCAGUCUUAACGAACCGUACUUUAAUUCCCAGGGUUACAUUACUGAUUUUACUAGCAGCAUUAAAAUAUACGCCGCGAACGAAAAGCCAAAAGCAGCUAUACUGAUUAAUCGUAAUGAU